AUGUCUAGCGUAGCGGCAAAGGCUGUAUUCGUUACAUGCCUUAUCAUAAACGCAAUUCUCUUGUCGCAGAGUCGAUACGGCCAGUCUUAUUACCAGCAGUCCACAAUUUCCCUCUGGAAGCGGAAUUUAACCAUCACAGAGAAGAGCUGUUCUCCUCUAUCCUACGACCUUUCAUCACAAUGCACACAUGUUCUCGAGUCAUGUCCGUCCCCUCAAACCUUUCUAAGCAUUCCGUACCUCUCCCACUACUUCUGCGCUCCCGCUCCCCUCCGUCCUUUCAUCUUCGCCGGAUUGGUCCUCUGGCUGCUAUUUCUAUUCAGUACCCUCGGAAUAUCUGCAUCUGAUUUCUUCACUCCGAACCUCGCCACCAUUGCGACCUUCCUAGGUCUCGAUGAGAACGUCGCCGGUGUCACUUUUCUCGCAUUCGGGAAUGCCUCCCCAGAUGUCUUCAGCACUUUCUCCGCCAUGCGAGCAGACUCAGGAAGCCUCGCAAUCGGAGAACUCCUUGGAGCAGCUUCAUUUAUAGUAAGCGUCGUGGCAGGCAGCAUGUCCAUCAUAAAACCAUUCAAGGUCGAGCGCACCCCAUUCCUAAGGGACGUCGGCUUCUUUACCCUCGCCGUCGUCGUCCUGCUCGUCAUACUCAAAGAUGGCCGCAUUAGAGCCGGAGAGUGCGCAUUGUUGGUCGCCAUGUACGUGUGCUAUGCUGUUAUCGUCGUUGUGGGGAGCUGGUGGGAGCGCCGCCGCGAACGAACGGAGAGGCUUGAAGCUCUCAUUCGAGCAGAAUACGGCGAGGAUGAGACUGUAGUAGAACAAUAUCAUGACGUAGUUACUCCCCCCAAUGACACGCUUACCGUGCCCCUCUCCCCACCAAUACGACACCGGGCAUCAUCAUGCCCCCAGCCCCCCCGACUUUCACUCACAACACCUUCAUAUCCUCGCCCGAUGUCAUCCUCUUUCCACGCACAGUCCCCCGGCACGCGUACUCCCUCGCCCCUGAGUUCACCUCACCUCUCCCAGAUGCCCUCCUUCUCACUGGUCGGCGCCCUCGAGUUCAGGCAGGUCGUGGCGAGCCUACAAGCUCACGCUGCUUCGAGCAGCCUGUCCAUCUUCGACAGCCCCAUCACCCCCUACGCCGGUGGCCACUACCACCGACAUGGCGGGAGCCAUACAAGCCGCACUCCAUUGAGCGAGGAGGACCCUUGGGACGCAACUAUAGGAGUGCCUCUGGACGAGCGCAGUCCGAGGCUGCUUGUUAAUGACAUCAUUGCAGAGGGCCACGAGCCAUCCCAAUCAUCGUCCAUGAUCCACGUGCCGACACACACCUCUUCCUCAGUUUCACCUAUACCAUCCAUCUCGCACACCCCUGCAUCACCGACCGAUGCCGCAUCCACGACAACGACAGAGGUAGAGCCGUAUGUCCCGCCCACAAAACUCCAACGUGUAUGGCGGGUCGUGAAAAAGACAUAUUACAUCCUCUUCCCUGCACUGCACCACUUUAGAGAAAAGAAUGCGCUAGGGAAAAUAGCGAGUCUGCUUGCCGCGCCUGCGGUGAUGGCGCUGACGCUGACUCUACCUGUGGUCGUGGUCCCAUAUGACUCCAACGGAUCCGGAUCGGAGAAACUGCACAAGCGUCAUCAUAGCGCCGGCGAGGAUGGUCGGUUGGUAGACUUUGAGGAAGACGGCAUCGAACGUGCGUUGAUUGCGGAGGAAGUAAUGCAGCCGGAUCUGCACGAGAUCGAAUUUAACAAAUGGUUGAUGGCUGCGCAAUGCGUGCUAGGCCCUUUGUUUUGUCUAGGGGUACUAUUUCAUGAGGCGGAUCACUUUGCGUUCCUCGCGUUGGGAACGGCCGUGUGUGGACUUGCAGUUGCUGCACUUGUGCUCGUGUUUGCGGAUGGUAGAAGCCACCCCACUGCACGUAUGGCGCGGUGUAGCAUGGGUUUCUUGGUUGCGAUCGCAUGGAUUAUGGCAAUCGCCGACGAGGCUGUCAAUGUAUUACAGACAUUUGGCUUCAUCUUUGGACUCUCGGAUGCCAUAAUUGGCCUUACGAUCUUCGCAGUGGGCAACUCCCUCGCAGACCUCGUAGCCAACAUGAGUGUAGCUGUCUUCGCCCCAAUCAUGGGCUUCUCCGCAUGCUUCGGCGGGCCUAUGAUCAAUAUCCUCCUCGGCGUCGGUAUCUCCGGCUCCUACGUGAUUUCUAAAGCUGGCGGCGAGCCAUACACGCUACAUUUCUCACCUACGCUUAUGAGCAGUACGUUUGGCUUACUGGCGCUUCUCGUCGCGACGCUGGUCAUUGUCCCGCUGAACGGGUACAUGUUGACGCGUACAUGGGGAUUCUGUUUGGUGGGCGCGUAUUUCGUGAUCAUGGGGGUGAAUUUAUGGGUGGAGCUGAGCUGGUAG